AUGGGUAGCAACAGUGCGGCACCUCCCACUGAAAUCCCGACAGUAGAUAUCAGUCCUUUCCUCGAUGAGAAUGCCUCCCCAGGUGCUAAGGAGCAAGUCGUCGACGCCAUGCGCGAUGCGUGCACCACCUUUGGCUUCUUCUACCUCGUCGGCCAUGGCAUCCCCGAAGAAGACCGCCAAACGGUCCUGAACUGCGCCAAACUGUACUUCUCUCUGCCGAGGGAGGACAAGAUGGAGACGUGGAUCGGAAAAGCUAUGGGUCGUUCGUUCCGUGGCUACGAGCCGCCUGCGCUGCAGGUGCACCAGGAGGGUCUCUUACCGGAUACAAAGGAGGGUUUCAUCAUUGGCCGGGAGACACCUGCGGAUGCCCCUGAGGCUGGCACAUUCCACACGGGCCCUAACCAGUGGCCCAAGGUUCUCGCGGACGAAGACUUCCGCAUUCCUGUCAUGAAGUAUCACGCUAAGAUGCUAGAAAUGGUCAAGGUGAUCCUCAAGGUCCUUGCGCGUGGGCUUCCAGAACAUUGGGGGUGUUCGCCUGAUGUUUUUGACGAGUUGACUGUUAAUCCUUCCGCUCCCCUGCGUCUUCUUUAUUAUGCGCCCCAGCCGGUGAAGCACGAUAACCAAUUUGGUGUGGGCGAUCACACCGACUUCGGCAAUGUCUCCGUCCUCCUCCAGGAGGACGACACAGAGGGACUGGAAGUCUUCUAUCCGCCAACGCAGACUUGGGUCCCUGUUCCGGUCAAGGAACAUUCCUACGUGAUCAACAUGGGCGAUAUGAUGCAGAAAUGGACUGCCGGAUACUACCGUAGCGCGCGCCACCGCGUUGUCAACCACAACAUCAGGCCAAGGUACAGUGCACCGUUCUUCCUGAAUGGGAAUCUGGACCUUAAGUGCCAGGCUUUGGAUGGUUCGGGGGUUGAGACGGUGAUUGGUGAGCAUAUUCGGCAGCGCCUGAUGGAGACUAUUGGGGGUGAGGCCGGUAAGAAGUUGGGUCUUUGA